UUUCCCCCCAUAACAGAGCAAGACUUCGAUGUUUCCUGUCUAUGAAGUGGUGCAGUUUAUCUUUAAGGAGGCUAGAGAAAUAAGAAAUGAGUCUCACGUUGCAUGGGUGACAUCACUGGCUUUUGGCUCAGUGCUCUGUAUUCUCUGUCUGUAGGCUUUAGCCAAGGCUGCAGGGCUCAGUGUUUGAACAAGGAAUGAUUCCCAGGUGUACAGAAGAUUGGAUUCACUCUUAUUUGGGUUGAAAACGGUGAAAUGAGAUUUCUAAAGCUCGCGGACUCCAGCUCGCCUUCUGUUGCUCCCGAUCUCGGCGAGAUGGGUGAGUUACUCCCGUUAGAAAAGAAGGGAAUGGAAAUUUAAGGGAAAAAAUGUCUGAAUAUCUAACUGCUGAUGCUGGGGAUAGGAAUCGCAUGAAGCUGCUGAGCUAGAGAUCUUGGCUCCUGUGUGGAGAUCAUAUGUCAGAGAAAUGGUGCAGAUCGAAAGCUGCUGACAACUGUUAGAGGCUGUUUUCCUUCCCACCCCCUUAGGUUGGUUGUUUUCCCCCUACCAUCCUUUUAAUCAGCCGUAGCCCUGCCUGCCUGCAUUUUGCAGAUGGGGAACGUGCCCGUGUAUUAGGAAAACCUUGCCCAAGGAAUUGAAGCCCCGGUGAAAAAGGGCGCUUUGCAACAACAGGAGGAGAAAAAAGGCUGGGGGUCUAGGACUGAUUUCAUUGCUGCCUGAAGGAAGCUGGCACGGUCCAUGGUGCUGAAUCCUGCAUCUCUUCCAACCCCCACCCUCCAGCCGCCUCACGCUGGGUCCCGGGCACCGGCGGGGCUGCUGCGCUACUGUAGAUGAGCGAGCAGAACCCCGGUGCGGUGGGUGAGUCGCUGCUCUCCAGCUUCAGCCAGUCAAGGGAAGAAACGGAUCCAUUACGUUGCCUUGAUGACAGCACCACCGACAACAAAACAAACCUAGUGAAUGGCGAGGCUGGGACAGAGGCGGAGGUGGUUUUGAAACAAAGAUGUCACUGGCUGCACACCUCCAUGGAGUCUGCUAAUGGAAAGACGCCUGCGAGCGUGGAUCGCUAAUUAGGAGUGGAGGGAUCCCCCCCCUUUCCCCGACCAGGGAUUGAAAUUAAAACAACACAUUUCUUCUCCACCUCCCCUUCUCGACCCUAACAUCCAGCCAACCAGCUGAGGCGCCUGUCGAGCUACUGACAAAGAAAAGCCAAGUCAUUGAUUCUUGCAACCAGGAUAGCUGUGGCUGCUGCUUGACAUCCGAAGAUUUCCAGCCGGUGAACUUUUCUCUUCUGCCCUGUGCUCUUGGGAUGUUGCAGGUCACACGCUGCUAUUAAAGGGACCGUUUUGUCUUCGUCAGCUGGCCAGAUCGAAGGAGCUUGGUGGACUGAUCUUACGGCUAGAGCAGGACACUGCGAGGGAAGAGUCCUUGCCCUGACCCACAGACGGCGGGGGCCACACACCUCUGUACAGGCACUCUUCUGUUUUUAAGUGGGAGGCUCAGCUUUCCUCGCCCGGUCUGCACUUGGCGUGCUCUGCGCUGGAAGAGGGGAGCCAUAAGAGAAGCGGGUGAGCGGCCCGGAUUGCCUCCAGGGCCGGCCAGAACUUCGCCGAGCUUUUCCAGGCUCCAGCGGCUUGGAUGUGAACCCGCCCGAGUUGCUGACAUUGAAGACAGACGCGCUGUCAAGGGACUCCCAGCGGCUGCUCCUGGAGGCUUCCGCUGGGUCUCGCGUGGAAGGGCUUUGCCUGUUGUGAAGAUGUCCAUGGUGUCGCUGUGAAGCUGAGGUAUGGCUGCGGGAAGGUUACUGCUCUAUGCUGGCCUCUCUCUAGCUUUGUGUGCCCUGGGCAUGCUGGCUGUGGCGAUCUGCUCCGACCACUGGUAUGAAACGGACGCCAGGAAGCACAGAGAGAGGUGCAAAAGCUUCACCACCAGGAGAAACGACCCUGGCUUCAUUUACAACUCCAACAACAACCUGCCUCUGCGGGCCAGCAGAUCUAGGUUGGACCGCUGGGAAGGGAAACUCCUCUUGGCAAGGAACAGGAGGCAGCUCUUUGCUAUGAGCGCCGCCGAUGAGUGCAACAGACAGUACAACUCCACCAACAUGGGGCUCUGGAGGAAAUGCCACAGGCGGGGCUUCGACCAAGAGCUGGAGGAGCUGAUUGCCAAAGGAGCAAUUGAUCAGUGCACGUACAUCAAGUACCACUACUCCUCAGCAACAAUUCCCAAGAACCUCACCUACAACAUCACCAAGACAAUACGCCAGGAUGAGUGGCAUGCCUUGCACCUGCGUAGGAUGACGGCUGGCUUUAUGGGCAUGGCUGUGGCCAUCAUCCUCUUUGGAUGGAUUAUCGGGGUACUGGGGUGCUGCUGGGAUCGAGGCCUUAUGCAGUAUGUAGCAGGGCUUCUCUUCCUCAUGGGAGGUACCUUCUGCAUCAUUUCACUGUGCACAUGCGUGGCUGGAAUCAACUUUGAGCUCUCCCGCUACCCCCGCUACCUGUAUGGACUUCCUGAUGACAUCAGUCAUGGCUACGGCUGGUCCAUGUUCUGUGCGUGGGGAGGCCUGGGCCUCACUCUUAUCUCUGGCUUCUUCUGCACCCUGGCCCCUUCUGUCCAACCUGUCCCCAGGACCAACUGCCCCAAAUCCAGACCUGAGAAUGGGACAGUGUGCUAAAAUAAAUAAAUAACAAACAAAUAUGUGUGUGUGUGUGUGUGUGUGUGUGUGUGUAUAUAUAUAUAUGUAUACACAUACAUACAUACAUAUAGCUAUAUUUAUCUCAAACUGAUGCCAGUGCCAAGGUAGAGCUCAGUUCAACAUGGUACCUGCAUCUCCAGAGGACUUUCUGUUGCUUCGUUCUUUCUCACAGAGAUGGGAAAGCUUUUCUGUAACAUGGCUCUUCCAUCUAACUCUUAACUUCAGUAUCAUAAUGUAAAGGUCAAGUGAAAAUACUGUUGCAUCUAUCUACUGCCACCUGGGGUGGGUGGGGAAGCAGGUUAUAUGGAGGAUAUGAAACCUGAGUCUGUACAGGACAUGGGGAACCAAAAACUAUCAACUGCAAGGCAAGAGGAGAAUACAAGCAACAAGCAAAGAAACAAAUCAACCAUUUGAGUCACCUCUAGAAUGUAACCUCCUCAAGACCAUUUUCAACCCCCUACCACCUUUAAAAAAAACAAACCCAUUGUUAUUUUUCUUCCUGCCUAAAAAUAGAGGACAAAAUUGACAGACUAUGGGGGAAAGGGGGAGAAGCAUUUUCUCUUUGCCUGCCAAACUUAAAAAAAAAUAAACAAAUAAAAUAAAUUUGGAACAACAAACAAACAAAGAAGAAAAAAACCAUGAGGACAUUUCAGUGGAUGUUCUAACAAUGCCGUUUUAAUUUUCCAGCUGCCUUACAUCCAGGCUUAACACGGAGGCUGAACUGCUGACAGAGACGCAGUGGGGGGCCUUUUGAAAAUGCUGUGAUACAUGUGUUUAUAACUCUAUUUUCCCUUUUUUUAAAAAAAGAAAAA